AUGGCUCGAGUUAUUCAACGGCCAAUGGCUAUUCUGUUUUUUCGUCGGGUGCGCCCGGUAGAGACGCGGAUAUAUGCGUUCACUAGAAACUCGUUUGCCGUGGCCGCAAUCGUAGUUCUCAUAUUCCAACUGGUGACCGCACUCCGACAGGCCCAAACGAAAUUAGAACUCGGGCAACGUCAGAAACAUGUUCAAAGGCUUCUCCAGAGCACCGCUGAUGGUUUAUCAGACCGGGACCGGGUCCGUUGGGACCUUCUUAGGGAGGAUGCAACGCAAGACGACAUCAAUAUCACUAUCAGCGCCAUCUUAAACAACCCAAACAAGCCAUAUCGGCCUUAUACGAUGACGAGCUGCAAUGUUACUUGGGUUGAUUCAUAUUCAAUUGGAUUUGAGAAUGGUACCGCACACAAAGUCUCGGAACUAUUUAACUGCCCAUCCUCGCUAAUUAACCCAGUUGACGGUUUAGCUUAUUCGCUAUCUAUGAGUCCGUCCGAGGGUCAUAUCAUUGAGAAAGAGCUUAGUUACAUUUAUCGAGUCCAGCUUCACCUGGCGGGAAAAGUGCCCGGAGGUAGAAUAUACGAAACCCAACUACCUCGUAUUUGGUUUGUGAAUGCUUGGGAGUUUAGAGAGCUCAACUGGUCAGAUGCGACUCAAGUGAAAGAGUUGACCCGGGUCCGGAAGUAUUCGUUACCUCUCGUGCUUGUUCCUGGUUCUCAGAUUAGGUCUCAGGCAAGCCUGAUAACUCGGAGGUUUAUUACAUCCUCGAUCGUACGGGAGAUCCUCUUCAACUCCGAGCCUGUAAGAAAUACUCCCUCUGCUUCAUAUGUCAACCUACUCACAUUUGGUCUCAGGUUUAUGAACAUUUAUCUAUAUCCCGUUGCCCAACUGUCUGGAACUCCACUGGAUGACUCCGACGCGAGGGUCGCUACAGCAGACAUUCAAAUCACGCUGAAUCCUGGACAUAUGCAAUAUAGAACGCGACUCGACCCUGAGAAUAGGCCUUUUAAUCUACGUGAAGAUGUAUGCGACUUUAUCGAAGACUACCGGUCAGGCACAGUACUUGAUGUUAUCGGCUCAGUGGGUGGUCUGUUUGCGUUGCUUCAGGCAGCACACCUCUUGCUUUUCGGGAGACCGUUAUUCUGGGGACUAGUAGGUGCCAAGACUAUCAGCCCGUUUGGGUUGCUGGGUCGGUGUAGCUCGCGAAAUUUCAAGCGCCGCUUGAGGGAAGAGUAUCACACGCAGUCCGAUGAAGAGAGCGCACACACAAUCCAGAUCGUCAAGUUCUUGCGAGAUUUUGUAAUCGACUUUGGCCCGGCCGACCUUGAAUCUGUGGCUGAUCGUCCGCACGAAUCAAGGGCUUUGUCUGUCAUGGCUGAGUCGGACGCGGGAGAUGAGAAUGAGCCCGAUUCAGAAAUUCCGCUGAUACCUUUGGCUGGGCGAUCGCAUGAUACGCCAAUUCAUAGUGGAGUAGCGCAAAGCCCAAAGCCCGAGCUGCACUGA